AUGGGGUGCUGCGGAGAUCGCGAAAAGGGCACCACCGUUACCGAGGAGCAGAAGUGGACUUACAUUACCUUGUCCGACUUCAAGUCCACCUCGUGCCUCGCGCCUUUCUCUUACGCCUGGCUGUGGAUACUCGUCUUCAUCUCGUGUGCCGUGUAUGCCGCCGACGCCUUCACGGCCGUCAAUCUCCUUGCUUUUGACAAAUGGACGAGCCAGGUCAAGCCUACCGUACCUUUCGACGUAGCCAAAUGGAUCUUCGCCAUUACCAUCAUCAUCUCUUAUGUCUUUCUCGUAUAUCGAUGGAUCAGGGCUCUGCGCGUUAUGCGCACAGGAAGUGUCACCGAGUGCUACCUCGAGCCAUUGGCUGCUAUACUGCAGAGUAUGCGCAUUACCAAGGCUGGCCAGGGCUGGCGUCGUUUUCUCGUCUUCGCCGAGUUGACCAAGAGUAAGAAGGGUGCCAACUACAUCGCCCUUUUCGUCUACUUCCAGUUCAAGAGCGCCCUGCUCAUCAUUGUUGCACAAGGACCUCGCAUUGCCCUCAACGCCAUGACUUUGUACGCCGUCAUGCAAGCGAACCUCUUGCCCGUCGGCGAGCAUGCGUCAGAAGAUCGCUCCAACUUCGAGCAGUUCUUCAUGAACAUCAAAGUCAUGGUCGACACUGGCAACAAGCAGGAAACUGUAAUCUACUUCACCAUGUUGUUCUCCUUGGUCAUCUGGGUCAUCGCUGCGCUGGGUUUGAUUGUUGCAGGGAUACUAUACCUCUUCUUUCUGUGGCACUACAUUCCCAAGGCUGACGGAAGUCUUACCAACUACUGUCGGCGCAAGGUCGAGACUCGUCUGGAACGUAUUGUGGGCAAGAAAAUCAAGAAGGCGAUUGAGAAACAGAACCAGCAGCUGAAGAGGGACGAAGAGCGAGCUAUCAAGAAGGGCGAAUUCGACGCGUCCAAAUCUCGACCUACUCUGCCCAAGCUUGAGGGUGACGACGACGACACAUCCACUGUCUUCUCGAUGCAACGAUCCGACACAAUGAACACGACCGCAACGCUUCCCCAAUAUACCGUGUCGAAUGCGCCAGCCUAUAGGUCGAACCCCCCAUCGCGCUCGAACACUUCCAACACCAUCAACACGACGAAUACUGGGCGAAAUCUGAUGAACAAACCGUCUCUGCCUACUCUAGACGAGCGACCUGGUAUGCCAGAGCGGGACUUCACAAACUUCUCGACUGCCAGCUAUGGUUCCAAUGCCCCAAUGUUGAGCCAAGCUGGAGGCAUGGGCAGGUCAUCACCAGCACCUCCGAUGCCACCUCUAGACCGUAACGGCACUGGAUAUUUUGACGAUCAACACAACCUGUCAUUCCAACCAGAACGUUCAUUCACACCGAUGUCACAGGGCAGGGCAUCUCCACUCCCACCACGCGGUCCUAUGCCGCCUGUAGACACAAAUUACAACAAUUAUCACAAUUACGACAACGGGCGAUACGAGAACGACUCCCAGUUGAUCACUCCACUUUCCAACGAUCAACGCGGCCCACCAUCGUCUCACCCUAACCGCCCAUAUCAGGAGUUCAGCCCUUACGACAGUCGCGGGCCUCAUAUGGGUCCUGAGUAUGAGCUGUCACCUGUUGAUGUGAACCCAACAGAGGACAUCUCCCAGCACUACUUCGCAGACUCGAACGUUGGGGACAACUACCAGCCACCUCAAUUACCCAGCGCAUUGAGAUCUGGAUCGCCUGCGCCUUCGCAACCCGCAGGCUUGCCAUCUCAACCACGCGCAGGUACCGCGCCUCCACGAUCUGGUACAGCACCGCCCCGAGCAGGCAUACCAGCAUCACUGCAGUCAGCAAUCCAGCGUCGCGAGGCCUCACAACCUUUCCCUAACAGAGGCAUGAAUGGCUCUGCGCCACCCCAACAGCAGCGAAGUGCGACAGCACCAAUCCAACAACCAGGCUGGGCACAAGGCCCUCCUCGCAGCUUCACACCCCAGGGUCCGGGUCCCCAGCAGCGUAGUUACACACCUGUGUCUGGACCCCAACAACGCAGCUACACACCCAAUGCGCCGCGCGGCUACGACAACAGUUACAACUACUGA